CCGGGUCUCUCGGGGAUAAAGCGCCUGGUGUAAGGAGCCGAUCUCAGGUCCUCAGAGGGGAGGGCUCAGGCGCGCAUGGGAUUCAAGGGGCUUCAAGAACUAAGAGUUGAGUCCUCGGUGUGAGGCAAGAGUCCCUGAGGUCACAGAGCAGAAGAGGAGAAGGUGAGGGCCAGCUGUUGAGGUUCAGCCCAACACGAACGCCAUGCCCCUGGGUCAGAAGAGUGAGCUCUGGAAGCUGGAGGAAGACCCGGGAGAGGCCCAGGGCCUGGUGAAUACACAGCUGUCUGGGGCUGAAGAGGAGGGGGUCCAGUCUCCUUCCUCCUCUUCCUCCUCCUCUUCCUCCUCUUCGUCUUCCUCCUCUAAUACUAGUACUUCCUUCUCCUCUUCCCCUUCCUCCUCCCGCUCUGCCCUGUUCCUGAUUCCGGUGGACAACAGGUCUGCUGCUGGGUCCCUGAGUCGUCCUCAGAGCCUUCAGCACGCCUGCCUCUCCCCCACUGCCAUGGCAACCACUGCCGGGAACCAGCCCUACCAGGGCUCCAGCAGCUCAGAUGAGGGGGGGUUGAGCACCUGGGAGGAGCUGGAAGUCACUCAGCCCUUUCUCCAGGAGAAACUCCGCAUGAAAGUGGCUGACCUGGUGGAGUUCCUGCUCCUUAAGUUUCGCACCAAGCAGCCAACCAGCCAGGCGGAGAUGCUGGAGAUAGUCAGCAAGGAUUACCACGAUUACUUCCCAGUGAUCCUGGGCCAGGCGUCCGAGUGCAUGCAGCUGGUCUUCGGCGUGGACGUGAAGGAAGUGGACCCCAGCGAGCACUCCUACGUCCUGGUCACCGUCCUGGGCCUCACCUGCAAUGCGAUGCUGAGCGGUGAGCAGGGCCCGCCCAAGACCGGCCUCCUGGUGGUGCUCCUGGGGGUGAUCCUCCUGGAGGGCGACCGUGCCCCCGAGGAGGUGGUGUGGGAAGCGCUGGGGGUCAUGGGGGUGUAUGCCGGCGAGGAGCACAUCAUCUACGGGGAGCCCCGGGAGCUCCUGACCAACGUCUGGGUGCAGGAAGGGUACCUGGAGUACCGGCAGGUGCCCGGCUGUGACCCUGCCCGCUACGAGUUCCUGUGGGGUCCCAGGGCCCACGUGGAAACCAGCAGGUUGCAGGUGCUGGAGUAUUUGCUGCGGGAAUCGCGGGCUGCCGGUUUCCUCAUGGCCCCGUCUGAAGAGGCUGUGAGGGAUGAAGAAGAGGGGGCCUGAGCCCUGGGGGUGGCUGUGGUGCGGGCCCGGCUCUGGCAGGGUUGGCAGCUUGUUCUGCGGGGUUCUGGGCAUGAAGUGAGAUUGUUUCAUGGUUCUUCCCUGUGUGUGUGUGUGUGUGUGUGUGUAGAGAGAGAGCACCCUGUACAUUCAAAGCAGGGCAGAGCCAGGGAGGGUUCGGAGAAGAAAGGAGGGGGAGGAGCCUCUCUGGAGGCUGCCCUCUACGGUGACUUCACAUCCCGAGCUUGGUUUUCUUGAGGAAGUUCUGAAAUGUUAUUCCUUAGAAAGGAAGGUUCAACCAGCUUCAGCAGCUAAGUAAGUGACACCCACCCCACAACAUUUGUAAUUACCCAGUUCAAGAUUUAAGAGUUUUGUUAUGUCCUGGAAAUAAGCUGGGAGACCUUCUCUCCUUGUUUGGGUUCUAGAAUGGAAAUUACAGGGCAUUGGCAUAAGAAUUUGUUGGAAAGGCGAAAGAACAGAGUAGUCUAUUGACAGGGUCAGGAAAUAGGGAAAUAAAAGAUUGUUCGUUUUUGUUUCUUCUUCCUUCUUGUCUGUCAUUUUGCAAAAAGAUCUUCCCUCCUUGUUUGGGUUCUGGAAUGAAAUUACAAGGCAUUGGCCUAGGAAUUUUUUGGAAAGGCAAAAGAGUGGAGGAAUCAAGUGAUGGG